CACAAAUCAGUUUGUCAAAGUUCGGCAGAUAGGCCCUAAGGUUGCUGGACGACAGCGCUGCUGCACAAGACGCGUGCCACUUUUUCUAGAGUCGGCUGCGCGUGCUGUUUCGGGUCAAUUCGAUCUAGUUAUCGUCGAUUUUAAAAAGUUUUCUCUUGUGUACGAUGAUUUAUCAAUCAAUUUAUUUAUAAAUGAAAUUUGAGGUGUCGAACUUUUAACGGGGCCUAGGCGGGUAGCGUGCAUCAUAAUCAACAAUUUGCUUCGUACUGGGGUUCAUAUUUACUAUUGACCUUUGGAAGACAGAUCUGCACGGGAAAUAUGGAGAGGAGAGGAGGGGGGAGGAAUGAUUUCUUCGGAUUUGGGGAUCCUUUUACUGGGUUUGGUGGCGGGAGGGAUGAUUUAUUUGGGUUUGGGGAUCCAUUUGCUGGAUUUGGGGGUUUUGGGAGACCUGGUACUGGUAGCCUCAUAUCUAGCUUCUUUGGUGGGAGGAAUCCUUUUGAUGACCCCUUCUUUACUCGGCCCUUUGGGUACCUGAUGGGCCCGAGCAUGUUUGACCCGAGGCCGGGCAUCCUCGGAGACACGGGCAAUACCGGAUUCAUUGAGCAAGCUCCGCCUCCGAGUAAACCCAGGGGUCCGGUCAUCAAGGAGCUGAACUCUGAUGAUGAAGAAGAAGAUGAGGAAGAGAAGAUUCACAAGGACAAGAAAGAUAACCCCCGAAAGCAUUCGCGGUCGAGUGAGGAGCCUGAUGUCCAGCACCCUGUUGAAGAAACGGAAGAGAAAAGGAGCCGACUUAUGGAGUAUAAGAACGAGUUUCAGAGAGCUAGUACCUCGCGAUCAAAAGCUCAUGCUUAUACUUUCCAGAGCUCAACUGUGACUUAUGGUGGUCGUAAUGCUUCUUAUUAUACUUCAUCCACGACAAGAAGAACUGGUGGUGAUGGAGUUACUGUCGAAGAAAGUAAAGAGGCAGAUACCACAACUGGCAGGGCCACCCAUAGAAUAUCUCGAGGAAUUCGUGACAAGGGGCAUUCAGUGACAAGGAAACUGAACUCUGAUGGAAGAGUUGACACUAUGCAGACAUUGCACAACCUGAAUGAAGAUGAGCUUGCUGGGUUUGAGGAAGCUUGGAAGGGAAAAGCAAGGCAGCACUUACCUGGUUGGAACCCCAGUUCUACUAGUAAGUUAAUUCAUCAAAUUGACUAAAUUUUGUUGAUUUUUCCUGUUUGCUGGUAGCAUGGUCAAUCUACAACCCGUAUUUUGAGUUCUUGUAGGGCAAAAGUUUCGGAUCAAACAAUCACAUUAGGAUCAUAUAAAAUUGCUACCAUUUGCAAAUCAAUCAAUCCAACUUAUAACUCAUUCUCUUAAUGAUUGUCCGAUCUGGGAAAGAGGUUGUAAUAUAUGACUGGUUGAUUCCUUGAUGCAUCCUAAUUAGAAACAAUACUGACCGGAAUCCAGUCAUAAAGAAAUUUAAUUAUUGAAGGAACCUAGCAUUGAAGAGAAGUGUAAUGUAAUGAUGGAACAACUAAAGCUAUAAUUAUCGAGAGCAAAGCAUGUACAGAAGGUCAAAAUUAUGGCUGUGUAAACUUUGCCCAAAACAUUGUUGCCAAAUGCGAGUGUCUCGCUAACUUGGACGCUCGAUCAAGAUAAACCCCAUCAGCACCUUACCACCUUUAAGGCUGAGCACUUAUCUUUGCACCUAGCUAAGUGCCUUAGGCCGAGUAGGUGACUAUGGUAUGCUCUUUGUUUGGUGUAUUGGGCUUUACAUUUCUCUCACUUCUAUUUUCUAACUUACAAAUAAGUGCAAGCGUGGGUGGAUGAGAGUGAACAAUUUUAUUAUGUUUAGUUUUUACUCAUUUGUCCUACCUAACUUACCUUGAGUACGUCAAGAAGAGCACAAAGUGAAGCUAACUUAGAGCUUGAUGCCAAAACUUGCUGUGAAAAAGUAAAAAAUUGACUAAUAUUCCAGUUGCUUAACCUUUAUAGCACUGAAAAGUCUAUAUUUCAA